GACAAGUGUUUCUUAGGCUAUGUGAAAAGUUUGUCAAUAAAAGUCCUGAAACAUUAAAUUGCCUGUCAAUACUUUUAAACCUUUAUUUUAAUAGAAUCUCGUUAUAAUGAACAAAGAUAUAGAAUAGAGUAGAAACAUUUAUAUAGCUUUAAAAUGGAUGUACAAAGGCAUUCUGUGCAUACUCUUGUAUUUAGAUCUUUAAAGAGAAUGCACGAUAUGUUUUUGUUAAACCAAGGUACAUUACCACCGGUGGAUCCAAAUAUGCAAAGGGUGAAAAAAUCUGUAAAAGCAAAAGACUGUUAUGGCCCUGUAUUAGAACGUGUUAAGGAUAAUAUUAUAAUGAAAACACAAAAUGAAAACGAAAAUGUGGAUCCUCCACCACCAGGCGACGAGUCUUUUAGCGGAAGCAAUAAUACUGCGAUUAUAUCUUAUAAUCCUAUGCAAAAUAAUGCUAUUACGAUGACGCAAACAAAUUCUGGAAACAGUGCAGUUAAUAAUGCUGCCGCAAUACCACAAAAAAAGGCACCUUCUAUGGCGAAACCGAAAUGGCACGCACCAUGGAAACUGUACAGAGUUAUUAGUGGUCACCUCGGUUGGGUACGAUGUUGCGCAGUUGAGCCAGGAAACGAAUGGUUUGCAACAGGCUCAGCGGAUAGAGUAAUCAAAAUAUGGGAUCUUGCAAGCGGCAAACUAAAAGUUUCUUUAACCGGUCAUAUAAGUAGCGUACGUGGACUCGCAUUUUCUCAACGACAUCCAUAUUUAUUUUCUUGCGGGGAAGAUCGACAAGUAAAGUGUUGGGAUCUCGAAUAUAAUAAGGUUAUAAGGCACUAUCACGGUCACUUAUCUGCAGUGUAUUCCAUGGCACUGCAUCCCAGUAUAGACGUAUUAGUGACUGCAGGUAGAGAUUCGACGGCAAGAGUAUGGGAUAUGCGCACUAAAGCAAAUAUUCAUACGCUUGUUGGCCACACUAACACAGUUGCUAGCGUAAUUUGUCAAACAGCCGAACCACAGAUUGUCACUGGAAGUCACGAUUGUACCAUACGAUUAUGGGAUUUGGCUGCAGGAAAAUCUAGAGCUACUUUAACGAAUCACAAGAAAAGUGUAAGAGCUGUGACUUUCCAUCCAUCAUUAUACAUGUUCGCCUCAGCAUCGCCAGACAAUAUUAAACAGUGGAAGUGUCCGGAAGGAAAGUUUAUACAAAAUUUAUCUGGUCACAAUGCCAUAGUUAAUUGUUUGGCAGUUAAUGCUGACGGUGUUUUAAUUUCUGGAGCGGAUAAUGGUACUAUGCAUCUUUGGGAUUGGAGGACAGGGUAUAAUUUUCAACGCUUACAAGCUCCGGUCCAACCUGGCUCGAUGGAUAGCGAAGCUGGUGUCUUUAGUAUUACAUUUGAUAUGUCUAGCACUCGAAUGAUUACCACAGAAGCGGAUAAAACGAUCAAAGUUUACAAAGAAGACGACACUGCUACUGAAGAGACGCAUCCUGUAAAUUGGAGACCGGACAUAAUAAAACGAAGAAAGUAUUAAGCAUUUUUGGACGCAAUGAAUAUUAUUCGUUUGAUAUUUCUCACAAAUUCUAAUUCUUUUAAUAAAAGAAAGUUAAAUUAAUGAAUUUUAAUAUUUCAAAGUUCUUCGUCCAAGUCGAACUCUUCUUCCGG